GCGUGUCUCACCAAGAAAUGUCAAACAGGCGUCCUUGCUAGUCUCCAGCUUUAUUUAUUAUUUUUAUAUUUAUUUUUUAAAACUUUUUCUUUGACAGAUCAAAUUGAUCAAUUAUUCAAAUCAGUUGCAAGUACAACAGAGGGAGAGGCUGCUUUGAUUUGUCUGAUAAGGAGGAAAAAAGGCAGAGGAUAGUGAAGGAGGAAGAAAGAUGGGGGUAGCAGUGGUGGGCAUGGAAUCGCUGAGCGAGAGAGCAGCAAUGAUGAGAGAGUCUCUGCAGAAGAGCCAAACCAUCACAGACAACGUUGUAUCAAUUCUUGGCUCCUUUGAUAGCCGACUAUCUGCUCUCGAGACGGCCAUGCGUCCUACUCAGGUAAGAACGCAUGCCAUAAGGAAAGCUCAUGAGAACAUAGAUAGAACCUUGAAGGCUGCAGAAGUUAUACUUGCUCAAUUCGAUAUCUCUCGUCAG